AUGACGCAGCUUCCUUUGGCUUUUGAGCACGCAAACGCUCACAACUCGUGUCAGUUUCUUUUUCCUACGCGGAGAGGGGAUUACCUUGUUCAGGUUUCUUGGCCUCUUUGUUGGAGCGAGGAGCGGAUCCCGCCUGAGCAAGACGCUGGGAAAAGUGUCUCCACAAUCUAUGUCGUCGAUGGGAAUGCCUACUUCUUCACCGCUACGGAUAUUGUCCGCCGUCUAGAGUUUACAAACCAUACUAGAACUAUCAUUGUGGCUAUUGGAUAUCCCAACAAGACAUGCGUCUUUGACAAACGCAGAACUGGAGAUCUCACCAUUCCAUCGUCGGCUGGGACAUACGAUAUUCCACCUGGACCUGACGGAAAACCUAACCUGGGUCCGUUUGGAGGGGCAGACGAUUUUCUAGAUGUUAUCCGGAGCGAUAUUGCGCCCUAUGUCGAUGAGACUUUGUUCCCGGAUGCGCCGGUCAACUCAGGACCAAGGGCGCUCUUUGGGCAUUCUUACGGUGGACUGUUUACUCUGAAUGCGCUAUUCACAAAGCCAGAGGCGUUUGACACAUUUAUCGCUGCCAGUCCCUCCAUCUGGUUCAACCACGAAUGCAUCGUCCGAGAGCAAGAAGCCCGCUUCCACGAGCGCGAACCCCCCACGGGCAAAGCCCCGCGCCUGCUCGUCAUGUUCGGCGGCGCCGAGCAAACCCUGAUCCGCCAACCCGGCGACUCUGAUGAGACCUUCAAGCGCAAGCAAAAGUGGGCUGCGGCGAGGAGGAUGAAGGACAACGCGCUGGAGCUGGCGGCGAGGAUGGAGGAGUCGCCCAACGUGCGGGGGGUUUGGAGGUGGGAGUUUGAAGGGGAGGAUCAUGGGGGUGCUGCGCCUUGUGCGUUACAGAGGGGGCUUGUGAGGUUUUUGUUGGAUCAGAAGCUGGAUUUGUAG